CUUGAUUUCAGACAAAACCCGCCUCCUAUAAAUGCUCUGAAAACAACAAAUUUAAACAGCUCAAACCAGAAAAAUUCACCAAAUGGGUUUCUCAAAACCACACAGACCUCUCCUUUUCAUCACAAUUCUUGCGAUUUUUCUACAAUCCUCAACCGCCGCUAAUACAGACUACACAAAUUUCAUUUUCAAAGGCUGUGCAAAGCAAAAUUUCCAAGACCCAACUGGGAUCUACUCACAGAAUCUCAAGAAUCUCUUACAAUCCUUAGUUUCACAGUCAUCACAGAAGAAUUUCGCCUCCACAACUUCCGGCGAUGGUCAAAAUGCCAUUAUGGGGCUCUAUCAAUGCCGAGGUGACCUCUCAACCGCUCAAUGUUACACAUGCGUCACCAAAAUCCUCGACAUGAUGAAGAAGUUAUGCGGUGAAGUGAUUGCUCUUAGGGUUCAGUUAAGUGGGUGUUAUCUAAAAUAUGAAAUUGUUGGGUUCAAGCAGGAGUCUGGGACUGAGUUGCUGUUCAAGGUUUGUGGGUCAACUCGGGCGAGUGGAGCUGGGUUUGACGAGUUGAGGGAUUCUGGGCUGGCUGCUAUGGUGAGUGGUGUGAAAAAUGGGUUUUAUACUGGGGAUUAUCAGAGGGUUUUUGUUUUGGGUCAGUGUGAGAGUGAUUUGUCAAGUGGGGAUUGUGGGAGUUGUUUGAAAAGUGGUGUUGAGAGUGUGAAAGAUGAGUGUGGUGAGUCCAUUUCUGGCCAGGUUUAUCUUCAGAAAUGUUUUCUUAGCUAUAGUUAUUACCCUAAUGGAGUGCCCACCAUUAAUGCAGGAUCAGAAGUGGUAGGGACAAAGAACCAUACACAAAGGACAGUGGCCAUUGCAGUUGGAGGAGUAGCAGCUUUGGGAUUUUUAGUUGUGUUUUUGAUGUUUGUUAGAUCCAUCUUGAAGAAGCGCAAGGGUAAACAUGAUGGGUGGAAUUGAAAUUAAAACUUGUUCAUACUAGGUUAAUUAAUUAAUAUAUUACUCUUAAGGAAAAUCUUUGAAAUUAGCUUUAUUAGAUAUACAUGGAAAAUUUGUUUAGUUUCAUGUGCAUAUUAUUUUAAUGGGAUUUUGAGGAGAGGAAGCAAAGUUGGGGAGUUUGGGGGAACUUUGUAUUAACUUUAGUAGUUCUUUUUUGUGUAUGUUGUUGGUAGGCAGGCUUAAUACUGGAAUUUUAAUGUUAUGUAGUGAAUUUUUUUGGAUUUUUGAAGCCAAUGAGAUUACAUUAUUGUCAA